CCCGCGGUGCCAGCGCCUCGCCUCGCCUCGCCUCGCCUCGGGCGGCCAGAGGCAGAGCCCCGCCAUGGAGAGCGGGAUGCCGCUGACGGGCGGGCAGCGAGCGCUGAUCCGGGAGAGCUGGCGGAGGGUGAGCGGCAGCCCCGAGCAGCACGGCCUCGUCCUCUUCACCAGGUUGUUUGACUUGGAUCCUGACCUGUUGCCCCUUUUCCAGUACAACUGCAAGCAGUUUGCCAGCCCUCAGGAGUGCCUCUCUGCCCCCGAGUUCCUGGAUCACAUCAGGAAGGUGAUGCUGGUGAUCAAUGCUGCUGUGAGUCACCUGGAGAACUUGUCCUGCCUGGAAGAGUAUCUCUGCAACCUUGGCAAGAAGCACCAGGCAGUUGGUGUGAAGAUCGAGUCUUUCUCGACUGUCGGCGAGUCCUUGCUGUACAUGCUGGAGAAAUGCCUUGGGACUGCCUUCAGCCCAGAGGUGCAGGAGGCUUGGAGCAAACUCUACAGUGCUGUGGUGAAAGCCAUGCAGCAUGGCUGGGACACCCACCCAGAAGGGGACUAGAUCUUGCCAGCCAUCCCCAUCCCUAACCACGCAGCGGUCCUGAGCACGGGGAGCACUCUCUGCCACUCCCCACCUGUCUCUGUGCACCAGCCCAUCGCUGUCUCCACUAGUCAUGUGUGCUUUGGGGCUCUCACAGUGAUUCGACCUUGCUUCAACACAUCUCUGCCUUUGCUAAAGGCUGGCAGGGUACAUCUCUGAAGAGAAGCCUGGGUGUGCCGCAGCACAGGUGUGCCACCCUGCCCCAAGUUCCUUUGGGCUAGUUGGAGCACCAACACCCAUGUACCUACUCUGUUUUUUAGCUGGCUCAUCUUCCCUGCUCUGAGUAGCCACCCUAGUUAGGUGAAAGCUGGCAUAGGCCUCUUGGGCUUAUUUGCUCAAGGUCCUAUUUGCCGUGCCCGUACUUGCCAGGUCUGGCACUGCUCACUCCUCUUGGGCUGCUGUAUCUGGUUCAGCUGUGACAGUGAUGGAUUUGGCUUCCUCCAGGGGCAGGGGCAGCAAAGGUGAGGGCUGGUCAUACCACGAGGCUGUCCUCAAAACUUUUUCCCCUAUCCCUUCACCAACACAAAAGAUGGUUAAUCCUGGUGCUCUCUUCAGCUUUGCCUCUGCCCUAGAUGGGAUCCAUAGUUUUCUGUGUGUCACGUUGGUCACAACUCAGUAGGUUUCCUAGGGAUGAUUGCAGUGGUGUCACAUUAAGGUGAGGCUGCUUUUGGCAGGUCUGGGCUGCCAGCUGAAAGGCUUUGUAUUGAUUUGGCCAGUUGGUUUAACCUUAGAGCCAUCUGAAAUGCUGUAGCAGUGUCUGUUUACUGCUUUGUGUUGAGGAGAAUAAAGUAAACACAAGGCAAAGAUGUCUUAAAAUAAAAAUGAAGGUUGCAAUCAUGUCAUGGCAACAGCUUCCAGAAAUUCUGGCUCUCGGCCAGAGGAAGCAUAGCUGGAAUCUUUCAGCUGAUGCUAUCAGAAUCUGGAGUGCUUCCCAGCUGCACACAGUGCCCAUGUGCAGAGUUCCUCACCCUCAUAGGAAUGAAAAGACAGCAUCUGCCAGAAGAAAUCCCAGAAAAUGGCUGAGAAGCGGUACCUGAGGGCUCUGGGGGUAGCUGAGCUUGAGCACUUUAAGGAAGCGUUCAUCUUUAUGUGGAAGCCACUGUGGAACAGGCAGAACCAGGUUUCUAGGCAUUACUAGCCCCAGAGCAAGGACAUGGAGCAAUUUUUCAGUUACAGGGGUAUGGACAGGAGUAGUCUGGUGUUGAGGGCUGAGAUGGUCCUGUUCUGGAGACAUUCCUCCAGUAUUCAGAUGUCCACUCUGGGGCAGGAGAAGGCUCCAUGUAGCUGAGGUCUCUCAAGCCCAUGCCAGGGAGGGGAUGAUGGGUCUCUGAUUCCCUGGCACUAGGUCUUAUGGUAGCCAUGGGCUUCCAGCAAGCAAAGAGCCUUCCAGCUGUGUUUGGUAGGCAAACUGAGAGGUGUUGUGGAUCAGGUAGUGAACAUCCCCAUGUUCAUUGUUCUCCCCAUGGUAACAUGUAGUUCUGCCCCUGCAGUGCUACAGUGUGGUGCUGUGCAUUCUGGCCUGUGGCUCUCUCCAUCUGCUGGGUGAGGUGAAGUCCUCCCCAUUCUUGCACCCAGCAGUGAGGGAUGGAGGACCCAGGCCUGAAGGGAGGCACUAGCUGUGAUGGCAUGAUAUGGGGCAGGAGGGUUUGGGAAUGGGAAUAUCCUCUUUGCAACCCUGUUUUGGGGCAUCAGCCUUCAGCAUCAUGGGAAUGUGACACCUUCUGGCUCUGUGUGACAAGUAGGCAGCUGUGUGAUGAGUGGGGUGUGGGUGUUACUACCCCAAACCAUCCCUGCUCCCUCUAGCUUUCCCAGCUCCUUGACUUCUCUUUUUCUGUGCCACAUUUUGUGUAACUCCCAAGAGAACUGGACUAGUCUGUGUGCCUCUUAUACCCAGCUGUACUGUUUAAUAAAGAACAAG